AUGUCGCGUCUCGCUCCCAGGUCAUCCUGGAUGACCAUUCUGGCCAUGUCUUUGCUGGCAAGACUCAUCCCCGACAAUACAAAUUACUUAUCCAGCGUCUUUGCCGCUCUCGAUCUGCUCCAGACUCUCGAGCCUAAAGCCACGAGUGAAAAGGGCAAGCCGAUCAACGAGUCAUACCCGCACAAGUCCAACUCCACGCCUUCGUCGACCUCGAGCCACAAUUCGACCUCUAUUGAGAGAUCGACUCAGAUGUCCACACCGACACCAAUAGCUGACGCUACCCUAGCCCCGAAUCCGACGCCAGUGAGCAGCGACGAUGGAGUCAGCUACACGAAAACUUUCACGCAUGGCAGCAGCGAUUAUAAGCCGGUUAAGAAUUUGGAGGUUGGUCCUGGUGAGAACAAUGGAAAGCUCACCAUAAAUGACAUCCCCAGGAUCUUCAGGGCCUUGUACAAGACAUUGUCAGAUCGGUUCCGGGAAAGGCUGGACUCAUCGGAUGAGGUUUCGCUGCGGAGGUAG